AACCUCGAUCUUUCUUUUUCUAUCAACUUUCAUUUUUUUUCUUUCAUUUCAUUCUAUAAAUCACCACUUUUUAUCCCCCUUUCUGUUCUUCUUUCUAAUCUCAUCAUUUCUUCCUUUACACAAACUACCUACUUGAGCUCCUCACUUCUCCUUUUCUACACCAACACACACAGUCACACACACAUAUAGUAAAUCUCUUAAAAUGGAAGGUGCUUUUGUAAAUCAAGGAGACAGCUAUGGUAUUAGUGCUAAUCAGGCUGUUGAUCAGCUGGAUUUGCCUCCUGGGUUCAGAUUUAAUCCCACAAAUGAGGAGCUUAUUACUCACUAUCUACUUCCCAAAGUCCUCGACUCCAACUUCACUGCAGCUGCCAUCGGGGAAGCCAAUCUCAAUCGAUGCGAGCCAUGGGACUUGCCAAAGGAAGCUAAGAUGGGAGAAGAAGAGUGGUACUUAUUCUGCCAGAGGGACAGGAAGUACCCGACUGGGAUGAGAACCAACAGGGCGACGGAAUCAGGUUAUUGGAAAGCCACCGGAAAGGACAAGGAGAUUUACAGCAAGACCGGGAACAGCAGGAAGCAACUGGUUGGAAUGAAGAAGACGCUUGUUUUCUACAAAGGAAGAGCUCCCAAAGGAGAAAAGAUGGAUUGGGUUAUGCAUGAAUUUAGACUUGAAGGCAACUACAGCUUCCCUGCCAAGGCAAAGGAUGAAUGGGUUGUAUGUAGGAUUAUCCACAAGAACACUACAACAAUCACGAAGCCAGGUUCAAUGCUAGACCUUACAAGGAUGGACUCUUUCAUUGAAGGUCUGUUGGAUUCUCCUUUGUUGCCACCUCUUAUAAAAUCUCAAAUUCCAGAAAACAACGAAAAAACACAUGCUUCAAACUCCACCAAGAUCAUUAUAAAUACCUCUUCUAGAAUACCAGAUUCUGGAGGAACAGCUCCACCAAAUUAUCCGAUAACAACCGGAUCUUUAGAUGCAAACGAUAUCAACUACCACCCAAACCUAAUGCUACCAAAAAAUCACAAUGCCACAAGUUUCAGCCCCACUACUAAUUACAAAAUGCCCAACUCCAUCAGCUACUCACAAAAUCCUUACCAUACUUCUUUAACCACUUCUUAUAAUUUGUUGCACCAACAAAACUUGGGCCAAUUCACUCCACGCGUUCCUGGAUCCUACAAUCCUCAGCAAGUUACUGAUCAAGCUCUUCAGAGGCACUGCAAGGUGGAGCAGUUGUCGUCGAAUCAAUCAAUGGUCAGUCGGUCUCAAGAUACCGGGCUCAGCACUGACGUCACUGCUGAGAUAUCGUCAGCAAAGCAAGAGAAUAAUAGCAAUGAUGUUGGAAGUUUCCAUGACAUUGAGGACGGUCCACUUUCAGAUUUGGAAUCUUUUUGGAGUUAUUAAAGAAUUAAAAAAUAGGAAGUUACCACAGAAGCUAUACGUAUUGGUAGCAUCGAAUUCUGCAUAAUUUUUUCUACAGGAUGACUAGUUCAAUAGUACAGAAGGUUCAUGGCAAUUUCAUAGGAUGUUUUUUAAGUAAUUUGACUGAUUUGUUUGUAGCUAGUAGCUAGAUAUAGCUUAAAUUUAAGCUUGAGCUGCUACAUUUCUGAUAAUACCUGAGUAUAAUAAUGGCAUGAUACAUUUGUAGACA